AUGCUGCCUCACUCCCCUCAGAAGCGGGGGGCGGACGGCAAGGCAGCAGCAGGGGCGCCGGGCGGCAAGAAGGGGAAGAAGGACAAGGCGGGGGAGAAGGACGCGCUCAAGGGGGGCGCGGGGGGCGGAGCAGGGGGGGCAGCGGGGGCAGGGGGGGCCGCUGGAGGAAAGGGGGGGAAGGCGGGGGAGGGCAAGGGGGCGGGCGGGGCUGCUGCGAUGAAUGCCACGCGUGUGGCGUCGCACCUGCCUCUCCCCAAGAUGAGGGAGGAGGCGGAGAAGCAGGUGUUUGACGACUUGAGGCGGCGUGUGGCACUGGGAGCCCAGGCUUUGCCGUCUGUGUGCUGCUACACGCUGCUGCACGCGCACUCCAGCAUGACGUCAGUGUCCGUUGCUCCUGAUGGUGCACUGCUGGCUGCAGGCUUCAAUGACUCGUCCGUCAAGGUGUGGGACAUGCGAUCCAUUGGCUCCUCCCCCCUCCCGCAAGCCGCCCUAUCUCUCGACACCUCAGCAGCAGCGGAAGCCCCAGCCAUGCAGCACACACCACGUGGACACUCCACAGCCACCACCACCACCACCACCCCCCCCACCCCCACCACCACGAGCAAGCGCUACAUGGCCCUGCGGGGUCACAGUGGCGCGGUGCACGCAACCUCCUUCAGUCCGUCAGACGACCGCUUUCUCCUCUCCGCCUCCUCUGAUGCCUCGGUGCGCCUGUGGCACGUGGGGCUGGGCGCGUGCCUGGUGGCGUACCGCGCGCACUGCUACCCCGUGUGGGACGUGCAGCACUCGCCCGUGGGGCACUACUUUGCGACGGCAUCGUAUGACCGCACGGCGCGCGUGUGGAGCAUGGAGCGCUCGUACCCGCUGCGCAUCAUGGCUGGCCAUCUCUCCGAUGUGCAUGCGGUGCGGUGGCACGCCAACUGCAACUACAUCGCCACGUGCUCCAGCGACAAGACGCUGCGCCUGUGGGACGUGCAGACCGGCGAGUGCUGCCGCGUCUUUGCCGCCCACCGCUCGCCCGUGUACGCACUCGCCACGUCCCCCGACGGCCGUUUCCUCGCAUCAGGGGAUGAGGGUGGAGCAGUGCUGCUGUGGGAUCUGGGCACGGGCCGAUGCAUUGCACCCCUGCUGGGCCACACUGGCUGCGUGUGGACGCUCGCUUUCAGUGGCGAGUCAGCAGUGCUGGCAUCGGGGGCAGCGGACGACACAGUGAGGUUGUGGGACGUCGCUGCUGCCAGCAAGCUCGCUCCCAACGAGGCCAAAACGUCAGUGGGGCGGCGGUUGCGCCUUCUCAAGACCUUCCCCACCAAGUCAACGCCCAUUUCCACCCUGCAGGUAUCCCCCUCUCACCACCCAUCUCCGCCCUGCAGGCCUCCUCUCUAUCCCCCGUUUCAGUCGCCCAAUGCCCCUCUUUCCAACUCGCCCUGCACUGCAAUUCCCCCAUUCUCCUCCUCGUCAUGA